GACGACGGUCAAAUUGAAAAUGGCGACUGAUUGAGCUGGAAGUGUUUACCGUUGCAAUAUUUUCGAUCGGUUUUUGUUCUCAAAAAACGGUGAUUUCCGCGUCCAAAAAGAACGAGCAUUGCGGACCCUUUGUUGGUUCCGUGCAAUUGUGGUGCUUGUGCCCUGAACCAGCAAUAAUUUGAUUUUCGUUUCAUAUCGGAUCCUGAUUCAAAACUGCUGCGGCACGUGAAUUGUUCCAAGUGUUCAGAUGAAUCGUAAUAUGUCCGCCAUUGGCAGGCUCAGGCGGAGUCCAUCCCCGUCCAGGGGUGGACCAGGCGGUUCUAGCAAGCUGCGUAUGGAUCGGAAUCCUACACAUGCCAGGAUUAAUGAUCCCAGUCACCCGGCUGGCAAACGCAAGGAAAUCGACAACGUUAUGCGAAAGGCCCGGGCCUUCCCCAACGAAACAUGGGAUAAAAAAUUGCUCGAAGUUGAGGAAAAGGAUCCCAACCGGUGGCGCCACACCGGUUUCAAGAAAAUGUACAUCGAAGAGGACCCCAGCAGUUCCGACAGCGAGCGCGGUCGGUAUGGUAACGGGCCGCCUCCGCGUGGGCGCAGCCGUAGCCGCAGUCGAAGCCGCAGCCGUAGCCGAUCGGUGCGAUCGCCUCCACCGCUGCGCCAUCGUCGCAGCCCGUCGCCGCCGAUGAGGAAACGACGUCCACCCAUUUCGCCAUCGCCGCCGCCGAUGCGUCGUCGGCCGGCAUCAAUCUCGCCGCCCCCUCCGGAACCGGUUAUGAAGCGUAGGCCUCGUUCGCCACCACCGCGCAUGUUACGUCGUCCGUCACCGCCGGCGGCAUUCCACCGUGGAAAGUCGCCUCUUCGGUCGGUUUCGGGUUCACCCCGCCGUGGGGUCGGUCGUCGUAUGUCGCCGAUUCCGCCGCCCAGACCGCGAGUCAAGCGGCCACCGUCGCCCCCUCCCAAGAUGAGCCGCUCCCCAUCAAUGACAAGCUGUUCGGAAGAUUCCUGCUCUGGUUGCUCCAUGGAUCACCACCGAUCUAGAUCUCGUUCGUUAAACGGUCCGGGUCCGGGUUCGCGUCCGCGUCUUCGGGCGGCUUCGCCGCCGCCGCCCGCGGUUCAUAUUUCGAAAAACCGUCGCGAAGGUGGCGCAAUGCGUCCAAUGAGUCCGCUACCAACGGAUCCGCGCCGUAAGGAACCGAUGCCAAAAGUGCAUCGUGUCGACAAGGAUCCGCGUGAUCGUCCAUCACGACCAAUUCCUCCACCACCUCCAGCAGAACGAAUCCGGCAUCCGCAAACUCCCGAGUCAGAAAAGGCUCCCUCACCUAAACCUCGUGUCACAAAGCACAAAGGUAUUCCAGAAGAUCCCCGUCCUGUAAAAGUGCGCCAGCCGAAGCCACCAGCGCCGGAGGUGGCCGCUCCAGCACCCAGCAAGAAGCACAAGGAGAAGCAUGCUGAAAAAGUCAAGCUUCGAGCACGUGUCAAAAUUGAAGGUGAACCGAAACCACGUCGACCCCGAUCCCCAUCAUCUGGGUCAGAGGAAUCUUCUAGUAGUGAAAGCUCGCUGCCGAGAUUCACGGCUACCACGCGCCUCACGCUAUCAGAACGCUUCGGAAAAAUGGCCCAGUGGAGCGUCGAUCGGAGCAACAUGGAGAACAUGCGCAUCACAAAGAACAGUUCGGGUGGGGAUUUGAAGGUAAUGAUCGAAGAAGAAAUGGAAGCUCCCCCGCCGGCUCGAUACGCAUAUUCACCGGCGCCAGCCGGUCAUUUCCCCGAGGAGCUGAUGACCACCGGUCCUAGUGGAUUGUCUUCUUGGGAUGACGUACGAGUACGUUACGAAUAUUACAAAGGUCGCGGUUAUCUGCGGGAUCUUGAUUUGCAGGACUACAUCAAGUGGGAAGAAUGGUGGUACAAAUACCAGGAAUGGCUGAAGCAAGAACGCUACUACGAGCUAUGGGAACGAUCGCAAAUGAACCGACGUCGCAAGAAAGUCCCUAUUUCACAGAGAUUGAAUUAGCAUGGGAGCAAUUUCUCAGUUCGUUUCUGAAGCCUUCCUUUUCAUUAACCAAGUCGGUUCUUGGGGAUUACCCUCAAGGCAGAACUUCCAUGUUUUAGAGAGCGAGAUUAACAAAAAUAAUAUAAAACAUUAUUUAUGUAAAUGUUUCUAUGUGCAUUAUAAAAGGUAGACCAUAGGGCGCUAUGCAUAGACGCUCCCAUAGAUCUGAAUCGAGGCAGAUUGGAGCUUCGUCCCUGAGGGGUACCACAAUAAAAAAAAACAUCCAUAAGAAGAUCUUGGAACAGUUUUACGAACUAGUAUAGCAUCAAAAAUUGAUCUUCAAGAAUAGAACUCAACACAUUUAUCAAAAUAUAAUGAUAAUAAACCAAGCAAGUAUAAAAUGAAUAAAUUCAUUACCAAGUUA